UUUCUGGCGAUCCGGCAGCGCCGUUUUAAAACGGUAAACGGUUUAAAGUUUUUUCUUUACAUUUCUGCCUCACGUGUUUGGUUUUUUGUCAAUUAACUGUGUGCAAAAUGCUAAUUUGGCACCUGCUGCUCUGGCCAGCAUUGAUAGCCAGUGCCCCCCCGCGUCCGUUCGCCAACCAAAAGGCCGAGGUGGCAAAGCUGCGAGGCGAACUAGAAAAAGCUCUGGAAUACGACGAUGGAGCACCACCAGGAGUGGUGGUGGCACCCACGUGGACCCAGCAGGCGGGGCAAGCGCCGCCUGGCAAGGCCUCCAAAGUGGUGGUGGACCACAGCUCGCUGAGCAGCGCCUCCGCCAUUCGCCAGGAGAUUCAGCAGGCGGUGGCUCACCAGGGACAGAACCAAGAGGUCCUCCAGUUGGAAGCUUUGCUCAAGGCAAGGGGCAGCAGUAAGGACAGCCCGGCUCAGGUGUCCAAGUCCCGUCACGAGCUGCUGGGCGCAACUGUACAGGAAGCCAAUGUGGUGGAGUCGCACUCGUCAUCGCAGACCGUGGAUCUGGAACAGCUACAGCGCCUGGAGCUGUCCAAGAGGCGCACCCGCGACAUGCUCAUCCUGGGUCGCAUUGAGGAGUUGCUCAACUACAGCAUGCCGACGGAUGUGGAUCGCUGGCUGACCCUGCAGGCCAAUGGAAGCGUUUACUUAGUGGGUCAGCAGCAGGAGGGCCUCCUGGUUCUUUCAGAGGAAUUCACUCCGUUGCAGUCCUAUGUCCACCCCUUUCCCAUCACCGCCAUGCUGGGAAUAGAUCGCUGGAACAGAAGGGUGCAUAUGCAGGAGGGUUUGCUGGUGAUGGCUUCCCAGAAUCAGCUUAUCUGGAUGCGAUUGGAGCCCAGUCUUGGGCUAAAACCCAUCUGGCACUGGACGAUUGGCUCUCAUGUGACCGAGAUUAGAGCCUUCAACUUGGAGGGACAAGAUUACCUCGCUCUCGUAGCAAAUCACACGCUUAAUAUCUACGUCUAUGAUCUCGAGGCGGAGGAGUUCUGGAUCGCACAACGUGUGCAAAUGACAGAGACGAUCUCCAACCUGGCCAUUCUCGAUACAGGGAGGGAACUGCUCCUGGCAGUGGGUCAGUGGGACAAGGUUCUGAUAUACGCCUGCACUUCGAAGGGGCAACCGCUGCACUUGCGCCAACAAGUUGCUGCCCCCGAGGUGGCCGGCGUCACUGCCUUCCAAAUGGGCGGACGCAGCUACCUUGCGCUGGGUGGAAUAAUGCCGCAGAUCCUUGUCUACGUGCAGGGUCUGCUUGUGCCACGCACUAUUCUCGGCCAGAACUUUGGAUUUGUAGACCACUACCUUCCCAUCCCCGUGCGCAGCUACAGAGACGACCUACUCCUGCUCGUCCAGCAUCGGGUUGCCUUUGACACACACUCACUGCUCGUCUUGGAAGUUUUGGUUUGGAACGGUGAGGCGUUUGAGGCGGGCUUGCCGCCUCCUUGUGGUACUGCCUAUGGGGCGGGAUGCAUGUUGGAUCAGGAUCGUGAGGCUGGCAUUUCAGGAGCUGUCCUGCUCCGCCGCUCGCCGAAUCAGCCGCCGCUGGUCGUGGUGCCCAGGAAAGAGGCUCGUACGGGCAUUUUUGUGCUGGAAACUCAAUUGCUGGCUAGGAAUUCGGAGACACAAGACCUGCUGGAGAUCCGAAAAUUCAUGCAGGAUUGGGUGCACGAACAGGAAGAGCUAAUACAGCUGGCUGAAGAGCUCUUGGUAGAGGAGAAGUCUGAGAGUCAGAACAUCGAGGAGCUAUCAACUCCACUGGUUGUCAGCGAGGGUGGAACCAUUGAGGAACUUUUCGUUAACGAAGCUCGCUGGACGGGAGCGGAUGCUGUUGUGGAUAUAAGCUCGCUGCUUCAGCAGAUACUUCUGUUGGACGGGGAAAUGAGUUCUAGGCGAUCUAAACGCCAGCCAGAGACGCUGUUCAACUUUCACUACGAGCAGCUGGAUGUAGAAGCCGUUGAAUCUGUGGAACUUAACUUGGAGCAGCUCAACCAUGCGACUUUCUAUAUCCGUAAUGGCUCCCUUGACUUGCCCCUGGGAACCCUCAAUGUUCAGCAAUUGGAACUUUUGGAAGCUCCUAAAUUGGAGCUCGUCCCAGUCCACGGUGCAGAAUCAUACGAAACUCUGAAGAUGGCUACGGAUUUGGACAGCAUUUUUAUAAACGAAAUGGAGUGGGACAAGCUGCUUCAAGAUCUGGUGUGGCGUCAUCAGCCUGUUAAGCUUUCGCAGUUACAUGUAGAGGGACCGGUCAUUUUCGAAGAUGUACUGAGUUUGCACUCUCUGAACGAUCUUAGCUUUCCAGGAGACUAUCUCUGGUCGCAGGGAAAUGAGACGAGUGUUGUCCAGGCGCCGAAGGAGUUUACGCAAACGCUUUCUGCAAGUGCCGUGGACACGACGGGAACCAUCAACGGCGUAUACCCGGAAGAUGUCAUUACUCUCAGUGAUUCCCAGGAAUGGCCGGGAUUGGUUACCUUCUCACAUUUGGAGGUUUCUGAAGAAUUGGAGCUCAAUGGCAGCGCCCAGGGAAGGCAGUUUGAGGAGGCACCUUUAAAUCCCACUUUGCUGGAGUCACGUGUUAUCAGUGCUGACUGCCAUUUCGAACAGCUUCUUGUGCGCGGCCCUUUGCGGCUGCUUGAAAAGCUGGAUAACGACAGCUUUGGUUCUCUGCUAGGAGAUCUCGUUCAGCGUUCGCCGAAUUCCGCCCAAGAACUGCAGAUAAAUGGACAAAAGCGGGUUGACCAGCUGCUUCUGCCAGUGGAUGCUCAUAUCGCAGAUAAUCAGCUCAGUGGAAUUUCCCUCAAUGACUUUGUUACCAAGCACACGCCACAAACGCUUUCGAAUCUGACCCAACUGGGAGGGUAUGUUUACUUUCAUCAGUUGGAGCUUGGGAAAGAGUCCUCAUACGACGGAGUUCGCCUAGAGGAACUACUCUCCGAAAGUCUUCGACUAGAUAGCCCAUUUCCACUGAGUUCUCCCCACACCCGCCUUCGGUUUGUUGGACAUGCCCCAAAUUUCACCCGGCUACAAGUUGAAAACAUCUUAAACAAGGUGCCGCUGUCAAGUGGCUACCAGCUGCUUCAUGAACCGCUCCAUCUAGGCAAAGCUAACUUUAGUCGUCUGGCGGCAGGGCAAGCACAGGUUAACUAUGAUGUCGCUGGCAAUGGACUACUCAAUGGACGAAGCCUGAGCCGUAUUCUACAGGAGCAACCUUGGACUUGGUCGGGUGAAGUGCACGUGCAGGAGCUGAUUCUUCCCCAGGGUGUGCAGGCGAACCAGCUGCAGGGCAUUAAGGCAGACCUUCUGCUGGAUUUUCUGCACCAGCUGGACGAGCUCCCGCUGCUGAUCCUUCAGGGUCGCAUCCAAGUUGAGCGCAUCGCCGUCAACGGUUCGGUGCAAGCAGCUGAAACCUUGAACAUGCAAGCCUUCCACGAACUUCAGAGGCAAGUCGUUUGGCUGGAUAGGCCGAACGAACUAAGGACGCGUUGGGUUCUGAAAGAAUCUCCCCAGUUCCAGCAGAACCUCCAAGUCCUGGGCAGCUUUAACGAGCGCCUGCUCCCAGAACUGCUGGAUGACAUUGUGCCGCGCUCCGACACGCACGAGGUGCUAAUCGAGGGCACCAAAAGCUUCCUGGCUCCUGUUACCACUAAAGAGCUUCAUCUGGCUGCGCUGAAUGGGAUUCCCUUCAAUAACAUGGCCAACAAAUUAACUCCGCUACACCUCACUAGAAAUGUCCGCAUUCAGGGACGCAUCUUUGUGGAGGACCUGCAGCUAAAUGGUCAAGUAAACGGAGAUCCGGACAUUCCUGCUGAUCUGCAGAAACUGCUCCGCUGGGAUCCAAAUGCAGGAGGCUUCGUGCAUCGGGGAGUCGUUGAACUUCCAAAAAAGGCGCUACAACGCCUAGUGGUUUUGGGCCACUUGAAAAAUCGCAGCCGUGAGCCCGUUCAGGAACUCUUUGAUCAGCUAAUCUUCAAGGAGCAGCAUGGCAUACACUUGCAUGGUCACAAGACUUUCACAGGCCGUCUUCGCAUUGAAGAUGGAGCACACAUCAAGUUCUUCAAUGGACGCAACCUAGAACAGUUUCUAGAGAAUCUAAUCUACGUAGAUUCACAGGGGGAGAUACGUUUGGAAACACCUGUUCACUUUGCGGCUGAUGUUCAAAUGGAUCAUCUUGAGGCAGAUCGCCUUGUACUGUCGGGCGAGCUGCUCAACGGAUGCAAUGUAAGCCAGUGGCUCCUGGACACUAUUCGUGUCGAUCGCGAUUUCCAAGUGCCUAAGAUUGCGUUUGCAAAGGGAUCGCUGGACGGUAAUUUCUUGGAGGUAGAGGAGCUUAACCAAGUUAAUCUCUCACUGGUUGUCACCCGCUUCACGGAGCAACAGUUAAGCGAUCCCCUACAGGCAGAUGAUUUGCUCCUAGAUGGUCAGCUGGUGGUGAGGGGCACUGUAAAUGGUUACAAUCUACCAGAGGAGUAUACCAAUACUUUAAUGAUUAACCCUUUGCGAGAGCAGCAAGUGGAUACACCUUUAUUGUUGUCUAACAUUUUUGUCACCGGACCCCUGGAGGUAUCUGCUCCGGUUCUUGGUCUAAACAUAAGCGAUGUGGCAGUUUUGGGCGAAGAUCCAGUGCUGCUGCAGUCGCCGCUAUAUUUCGACACCCUGCAUGCUCCGUUUUUGAGAGCGCAUCAGAAUAUCAAUGGAUUCGACUUUAGGGAUUGGUACGAAGGAAGCUUAUGGGCAAGAGGUCGGGAGCAGCAGGAAAUAAGCGGAAACUGGCGCGUAAAGAAACUGCAGGUGAAGCAGGGUGAUGAGCUGCGACCACGUCGACAAACUGCAGAAGAGAGUUACCGGGAGUUCUGCGAGGGUUUGGUAAGGAUUCUCCUGCCUUACAAAGUUCAGAAGCUGCGGAGGAGAUUUUAUUUAAAUCAGGAAAUUGAUCAGGAGAAUAUUCGCCGAGUAUUUGCUUUGGAGGCACCCGGGGGCAUUAGUUAUCUCCUGAUCAACGAGCGAGGAUGCUGGACCCGCAUCCACCGCUGGAAUGGAUCUUUAUUCGAUCGAUCCGGAGCCUUCAAGAGCGGACCCGUGGACGACGCAGUUGCUUUACGAGUGGGAAACACGAGCUCUAACCAGGACUUUGCUUUUAUGACCAGCUACGAGUUGCAGGAUGAUCAGAACGAGCCAAGCUUGAAUUGCAGUGCAGUGAAGCCCAUUCUGCUGAGCUGGAAACUGAACAAAACGAAGAGCACUGAGCACAUGGAACUAUCAGCGGACACCUUAAGGAAUCUUAAAGAUCAAUAUGAACAGCUUAAAAACCAGCCACUUCCUAAUCCUAGUUACCAGCAAGCUUUUAAGUAUCUGCAGCGUCCCAGCAUCAAGUCUCAGCUCGGAUCAAAGUGGCAAGAGGAUAAACAGGAACUGAGUCCUUCGGAGAUGGACAGAAUGCGAAGGCGUCUGCUGGACACCUUGGAAUUCCGGUUGCAAGCGGAGGUAAACAUUACCCAGCUAAGUAUUCCAGAAAGCGACCUAUUCGACGAGCACCUCGUGGAGGAUUUUCUGGAGUUGAUGCGCCAAUUGCGAUCCUUGCGCCGACGUCUAGAUACAGAGACUCUUCCACUGCCAAACACGCCGGCAAGAGUUUUGGCCGCACGGAGUGCCCAGCUUAUCUGGCCCACAUUGCAGGAGUUGCGAGGGGUUUCGAGUGGAAACGAUUCUGGCUUCCAGGAGCAAGUUCUGGAGCAAACGCUGCUGGAUGUGCUCAUGCUGGCCAACGAAGAAAAUGGCUCGGGGGAUGAUGAGAAGCUGCAUGCUGUGAUUCAGAGACUAAGAAACCUUAAAGGAGAGCUUCAAGGGCAAGAGGAAGACCAUGAGGGACCUGCUGCCUCCUCUUCGGAUAGAAAUGAGCAGCGUGUGCCGGUACCAGAAGUCGACUGGAGACCCGUUCAAACACUUCGCCUCGCUGUGGGGCCAGCAAACCGUCCCCGACUUCUUUACGCCCGGCUGACCGUGGUGACACCAAAAGACGGUCCUCCGCCCACCACGCCCUCCACUGCUCCAGCCGCCCACAUCCAACUGCAUCAUGCAAAUGGAUCGCUCUUUCAAUCGCUGGCAGGGGAGCAUGGGGCACGCCAUCUGACAUCAUUGCGGGUACGAGAUGAGACGCUGCUAGCAUUUAUGGAGGGAUGCUGCCGUAUAAGAGUGCUUAUCUACCGCGGUGUGCAAGGAUUCGUGGACUUUGCCCGUUUCCCCGCACCGGCCGAAGAAGCUAAGAGCGGAGAUGGGGAGGUCUUGCAGUUACUAUCCCUACGCUUGCCACUCAGUCGGCCACCCGGAGCCAUGUACUUAUUGGCGGUGGUUCAAGCUCGACGCGUCACUUUCUACGAAGUGGUGGUAGCCGGAUUACUAGAGCCGUGGCUCCAGUGCCCAUGAUGGAGAAGCUUGUUAAAUUGAAAUGAAUAUGUAAACUUGUUUAUAUGGAUGAUAGUGAGUAGCUUAUAGAUGUAGUUGGUUGUCUUUAGUGUGCUGUUUGUUAACUGGGUAAUAUUAUUGUAAUUAUUCUUCUUGUUGUGAAUAAACAUUGGUUUGUUGAUGUUUAAAAAGUA